AUGGCUUCCCAUCAUCCUGGUUCAAAAAGACGACAUAUAGAGACUGUUGAAAAUACUACGCCCACUCGAUCCGACUAUUGGCCAGGUUUCUUGGUUAUAAAAGCUUUAGACAAAGAACCAAUCAAACUGAAUCCAUUUGCUAUCUCCAAAGGUAUCAUUGGUAUCUGCGGAGAGGUUACAAAUGUCACAAAGCUUCGUUCUGGCUCUCUCCUUGUAGAAUGUGCACGGAGACAACAAUCUAUCAAACUUCUCGAUUUAAAUGAGUUUGUCAAUAUCAAAGUUGUUGUCGCAGUGCACAAGACACUGAACUCGUGUAAGGGCAUUGUCCGUGACAGAGCUCGCUGCCUGUCCAAUAUGUCCGAAGACGAUAUAGCCAAAGAACUUGACCAACAGUCCGUCACAGCUGUCAAACGAUUCAUUGUAAAGAGGGAUGGUGUCGUCCAACCGACCAACACCUACCUCUUCACUUUCGCCCGAACUACUAUCCCUGAAUCUAUCAAAGCUGGUUAUUGUAACAUCGGAGUGGAGGUGUAUAUCCCCAAUCUACUCCGGUGCUACACCUGCCAAGUGUUUGGACAUGGAUCCAAGUCCUGCCAUGCAUCCGCUGUUUGUUACCGCUGCUGUGACAAACACGAAGCCACUGACUGCAGGAAGGAUGUGAAGUGUGCAAACUGCGGUGGGAACCAUAUGGCUUCCGCAAAAUCCUGUCCUGUGUGGAAACGCGAGUCCCAAAUUAUUAAAGUCAAGACAGAACAAAAUGUCUCGUAG